AUGGAUUUGCAGCUGGUUUUGCUGCACUUCUCCUCCGCAACUGCAGAGGAAGUGAGUGAGCUCCAAGUUGCUGUCAAGCAUAAUUUCGUGUCCAAAGUGGAAGAAGUCUUGUCCAGGCCGCAGGACCCAGAUCUCACGGGAGGGAGCAAUGGGGAGACACCCCUCUAUACAGCCUCAGAACGGGGCCACGCUGAGAUUGUGCAGCUUCUGCUAGAGGCUGGGGCAAGCAAGGAUGAGAUCUGCGGGCGCUGGACAAGAUUAACGCCUCUCGCAGUGGCAUCACGUGAGGGCCACAUGGCCAUCGUGCAGAUGUUGCUUGCAGCCGGGUCAAACGAGGAGAAUGCCCGUAGAGAUCGUGAAGCAUCGCCGCUGUACCUGGCAUCAUUGAGGGGUCAUGUUGGAGUCGUUAGGCUGCUGUUGCAUGCAGGUGCCGACAAAGAUGAGGCAUUUGUCUUCACAUAUUUUCAAUGCGAUCCCAAUCAGUGUGAUCAGAAUCACAUGGUUUGCAGCGAAGUCACGUCUAUCCAGACCCCUCUGGGCGUGGCAUCCAGAGAAGGUCAUACAGAGAUUGUGCGCCUUCUGCUUGCUGCUGCUGCAGACUCAAACAAGGGCGCCGGACGACAUGAUGAAACACCCAUCUACUUAGAAGACAUCAAGCGUUUGCUGACUGAAGCUAUGGACGCCAGAGAAUCCGAUAUGGGAGCCUAA